AAUGGUUGUAAACCAUACCGGAGUUACAUAUUUUGUUAUAAAAGGAAUCUCAAUAGCACCUGAACUGCAGGUUUCAAUCUUCCUCCUGGUUCUCCUCAUAUAUGUCAUCACUCUAGGUGGCAAUAUUACCAUAUUUCUUCUGAUCUACCUGGAUAAUUGCCUUCACACACCCAUGUACUUCUUCUUGGCCAACCUGUCCGCAGUGGAUAUUUCAAUUUCAACUGUCACGCUACAUAGGAUCUUAGUAAACUUUGUCACAAAGGAUAAUAAUAUGGGCUUUUCUGCAUGUAUGACACAAAGUUUCUUUUUUGGAUCAUUAUCUGGUCAUGAAUUAUUUAUUUUGACAGCUAUGAGCUGUGAUCGAUACAUGGCCAUUUGUAAACCUUUAAACUAUUACAUGAUCAUGAACUUUAAAACCUGCAGUGUUCUAGCUUCAUUCUGUUGGCUGUUAGGUUUUAUACAGGUUAUUCCUUAUUCUGUCAUGUUAGUUAGCAUCUCUUGUUAUUCAUCUAAUGAAAUUGAUCACUUCUUUUGUGAUCUCCUUCCAGUUAUGAAAAUAGCUUGCAGUGACAUCUCUGUUUUGGAAGCAUUGUCCUUUAUACAAGGGAUAAUUAUGUUCUUCUUAACUCCAUUUUGUCUGACCUUCAUUUCUUACUUUCUGAUAAUCAACGCCAUAAUAAAAAUACCUUCUAAUAUUGGAAGACGUAAAGCCUUCUACACAUGUUCAUCUCACCUCACUGUUGUCAUUUUGCUUUAUACAACACUGAUUUUACAAUAUCUGAUACUAAACAAUAGCUUUGGAUCCACCAAGCUUUUCUCUUUAUUUAAUACUGCUAUUGUCCCCAUGUUGAAUCCAAUUUUGUACAGUUUAAAAAACAAAGAUGUGAAAUCAUCUUUUAAAAGGGAGCUGGGUAGCAUAAAGAAUAAAAUUGGUUUGAAUUUUUAACUAUAACCCACAAAGCCUAC